GCCCCAAAACGGCCUCUCAAUGGUGCGAUUGACAUGCUUUGCUGCUGUUACAUAAGUGCAAAUGAUCAUUUUUAGAUUUGAGAAACACGUCCGUUACUAAAUGGAUGCUUGUGAAUGCCUGAGAAGACCUCUCGUGGAAUAGCACAGAUGGACCUAUGGACUGGGGAUUUACAGAAAAAAGGCCUUGAAGAUGAGUGAAUUUACAUACACAACCUUCAACGUUGGCUUGAUACUAAAAGUAUGCUUCUCGGUUCUUGUCUAGUCAUCCUCCUCCUUCUGGAUACAUCCAGUGCACGGACUGUCCCCAAGCCCUGUCACUGUUCAGCCCAGGUGUCAGGACUCCAGGUCAACUGCAGCUCCCUGGGCCUCAUUGAGGUGCCUCCUCUCCCCACAGACACAACUGAGCUGCACCUCCAGGACAACCAGUUUACCACGGUGCCCCCAGGGCACUUUGACAGGCUGCCUCUCCUGAGGAGGGUCACCCUGUCUGGGAAUCCCUUCCACUGUGACUGUGGGAUCCAGUACCUGAGGGUGUGGCUGCAGAGGAACAGGGCAGCUGUGUCUAGGGUGCCCACCUGUGUCAGUCCCAGGGCUGUGGCACACACAGCCAUCACUGCCCUUAGUGAUGCCCACUUCUCUUCCUGUGGUCAGCAGAGAUGUACUGGAGGCCUCUAUAACAGCCUGGUAGGGGGGAUGCUCUGUGGCCUCAUUGCCCUGCUGCUGUGGGGUUUAAGGCUGGCCAAACACUCUACCUUCACCCUGGAAAUAGAUGAGCCACACACAGACUUUGAGGCUCACUCCUUACACUCUCACAGGCCCAAACACAAGAGAAGGUGCCGGAGCAUGCUAUCAGAGGGCAGUGGGACUUCUGCCAACCUUACCUGGAUAGAUGACUUAGAGAGGGCUCGGAUUAACAUGGAGUUUCUACCCCAGAUAAUGAAUGGCUUGCGUGAGAACAACAUAAAGAUAAAGGCCACCUGAGGUUUGUGUACCAGUGUGAUAAAGAACUAUGGACGACACUACCUGCAUGCUGAUGAAUGGGUGUUUAAUGCUAUAAGAAAGUUUGACUUCUUAAAGACUAUAAUUAAAUUUGUUGUGAAUUGACUUUCAGUCUACCCUGUACAGUAAUGCAUGUCUUGUUAUCAUUCGUGACAUAUUGGUCCUUCUGUUUCUGUCUGUUGUCAUACAAUUAAUGGGAAUAAGAGAUUCCUACCACAAACAGAAGUUU